ACCUCCCUCUCGCCGCACCAGCCACCAGUCGCACCCUCUGCCGCUCAUGGCCGACACCGCCUACCCGGGCGCCAAGGUCCCGCGCCGCAAGCGCUCAAACAAGUCGGGCCUGAACGCGCCCGACGGUUCCGCGGGCCUUGACGACGCCAAGCGCGUCUCGAUGGCCUGCGUCGCCUGCAGGAAGCGCAAGAUCCGCUGCGACGGCGCCCAGCCGGGUUGCCACAACUGCUCGAAGAGCGGCAAGAGCCCCUGCCGCUACGAGCGCGUCACUGCCGAGGAGAACCUCGAGGUCAAGAUGCGCAAGCGCCUCGCCAAGUUGCGCAAGGAGCUCAGCGCCAGCAAGCAGCAGGACGACACGUCGUCGCAGCUCGGCGCCCGCCGCCGCUGGUCGCGCACCAUCUCGUUCGACAAGAACUCGUACGUGCCACCGCCGCCGGCCGUCACGUCGACCGGCUCGGUGCCGUACCUGAGCCCGUCGCCGAGCGGCCUGUCGACCGCCGCACACGGCCUCCACCUCGACAGCGCCGGCUACUCGUACCACCACGGCCACCACGGCGGGUACUUUGACCACCCGGGCUCGCCGUACCCGAUCACGCCCACCGACGAGGCGCCCGAGUACUUCGUGUCGGUGCCGCCAGUGCUCGGCGCUCCCCGGUACCCGCCGUUCCUCGACCGCGCGCCGACCGGCCACUCGCCGUACCCGCUUACGCCGCCGAUGGACGACGGCUACUCGUGCGCGACCGACCCCAACUGCGCGUGCCACCAGCCCGUCCCGGCGCACAUGGCGCCGCCGCCGCUCCCCCCGCCGCCGCGCCAGCAGCACCACGAGCAGCGCCGCCCGUCGUUCCCGCACUCGCAGUCGGCGCCGCUCCUCCCGAGCGCGACAUACCAAGCCCGGUACUCGCCGUCGUCGUACGCGCCGCCCGCCCCGCCGCCGCUGUACCCGCACGAGCGCAGCACCGGCCUCGAGCUCGCGCAGCCCAUGCCCGUGCGCGCCCAGCCGCCGAGCUUCAUCCGCGCCGAGCCGGCCGCCGCCGUCCCGCUGCGCUUCUCGCCGUACCCGAUCGUCCCCGUCUCGACGGCACAGGACGACGCGUUCCUCGCGCCGGGCCGCCCGGCCAACUGGGCCGACGCCCUCGGCGAGGACGCGGUGCUCGACCGCGAGCGGCCGGCGGGCUACACCGAGCUGUGGAUCGGCGAGCAGAGCAAGGCGCCGCUGGCAGCAGCGCAGGGCGAGUACUCGCACUUUGAGCAGGCGGCGUGGUGAGCCGCUGCGGCGGCCGGGCGCGACGAGUCGAGCAGGGAGCGAGGGAGCGAGGGAGCAAGGGAGCGAGGGGAGGACGGGCCAGGCGUGGCUCGGGGGAAUCUGUGCUGUAUCUAGCUUUGGUCGUGCGUUGUUGUGCUUGAACUUGAACUUCGUUUUGCGUC